AUGACCAUGAGCUCCAUCUCAGACGUGGAGAAGGAGUUGCAGCGUUUGCCUGAAGGGACGUGCAUUGUGGUUCCGGGCGGCGUCUGCUUUGACCAGAUGACCGCCCUCCUCGACAUACACAAGAAACAACAAGAGAAUGAGGACAUCAAGGCAGAGGUGGAGGAGAGUAAAGCUAAGCUGGAAAACUUAAAAAAGCGCAAAGAUGAGUUGGAGGAGGAGAUUGGGGGAUAUAUGUCGCUGGACGCGUACACUGAACAGCUGUGUAAGGAAGACGAGGCUUACAGAACCACAGAGAGGAUGCAGAGGGAGAGAGAGGAGGAGCUUCAGAAGAGGGAGGAGGUUAAGAGGCUGAGAGAGGAGUACGUCAGGCUGCAGGAUAAGAAAGCAGAGCUGCAUCGUCAGGUGGAGAGAGACGCUGUGUACCAGAAAUACAUGGAGCGAGCCGUGAAGAUGACCAAGUUCAAGGAUGUCCCGCAGCUCAUCAGCAACUUCGAGAGGCUCCUCCGCUUCGAAGAGCUGCAUCAGAGGGACGCCGAGUCGGCUCAGAAGGUGGAGGAGAAUAAACGGACUGUGGCGGCGCUGAAGGACCAGCACAACCUGGUCUGGCUGCAGAGGAACAACGAGAUGUACCCGCUCCCGGCCGAGCUGGCAAAGGAGCGCUCCAAAUCCGUCACAUGGGAGAGGAGGUGGGCCCACAUUAAGCAGACCGCGGCGAAGAAGACACUGCUCAUGGGACAAAUCAAGAUGGCCGCCUUCAACCUGUAUGACAUGAGGAGCGGGGCCGAAGACGGAGAGAAAGCGGUGGACAUGUGUGACACAGAGACACAGCUGGAAGAGGUCCAGAAGUUCUUCCAGGACUCCGAAGACUUCCUGAGACAACAUCAACCUGCUGAGCAGAG